UUCUGUGUCGCUGUGCUCGCGCUGUCAUCGCUCUUCCAGUCGGGAUUGGAGCGCGGAGCUGCAUUGCAUGUUUCUUUACAAAAAAUAAAACGACGAAAAAGUUCUAUUUGCGUGUUCUUUAAAGAAAAAAAAUAUAUAUAUAUACAAACAAAACACGUUCUCUUGCCCGCGGGAGUUGCCAGACCUAAGACGGAUCUUGGUGGAACGAGAGACUGCAGACGAAGGAGGGCGGGACGCUGGUUCUUUCUUUUCUAAAGAGAAGGGUGUUAAACGCAGAGAGAGCGUUAUCAACGCGGUUUCAGAAGCAUGCACCGCUUAAGGACUUGUGCAGCGAGGCUGAGGCCCCUGACGGCCUCCAGGACUGUUCAGAAUCGUUCACACAAACAGCCGGCCGCGCCCAGGACGUUUCAGCCAAUCAGGUGCUUCUCCGCACCGGUCGCGGCCGAGCCGUUUCUCAGCGGGACGAGUUCGAACUAUGUGGAGGAGAUGUAUUUUGCCUGGCUGGAAAACCCCAAAAGUGUACAUAAGUCAUGGGAUGUUUUCUUCCGCAACGCGAAUGCAGGCGCCCCUCCAGGCAUGGCCUACCAGAGCCCUCCCCCUCUGGGCAUGAGUCUGUCCAGCCUGCCGUCGGCACAGUCCCUGGUCUCGGCCCAGCCCAACGUGGAGAAGCUGGUGGAGGAUCAUCUGGCUGUGCAGUCACUCAUCAGGGCUUAUCAGAUUCGUGGGCACCACGUAGCUCAGCUGGAUCCUUUGGGAAUCAUGGAUGCCGAUCUGGACUCGUUCGUCCCAGCAGAUAUAAUCACGUCCUCCGACAAACUCGACCUUGCCGUGUUCAAGAAUCGGCUGGGGAUGUUAACCAUAGGAGAGUUCUACGGGCUGGACGAGUCGGAUUUGGACAAAGUGUUCCGGCUGCCGACCACCACGUUCAUCGGGGGCAGCGAGAGCGCCCUGCCUCUGAGGGAGAUCAUCCGCAGGCUGGAGAUGGCGUACUGCCAGCACAUCGGCGUGGAGUUCAUGUUCAUUAACGACCUUGAGCAGUGCCAGUGGAUCCGGCAGAAGUUUGAGAAGCCCGGGGUGAUGCAGUUCACUCUGGAUGAGAAGCGGACCCUGCUGGCCAGAAUGGUCCGCGCCACCAGGUUCGAGGAGUUCCUGCAGAGGAAGUGGUCAUCGGAGAAGCGUUUCGGUCUGGAGGGCUGCGAGUCCCUCAUCCCGGCGCUGAAGACCAUCAUCGACAGGUCCAGCGCGAACGGAGUGGACAAUGUGAUCAUGGGCAUGCCGCACAGGGGUCGUCUCAAUGUUCUUGCCAAUGUGAUCAGGAAGGAGCUGGAGCAGAUCUUCUGCCAGUUUGACUCCAAACUCGAGGCUGCGGAUGAGGGCUCCGGCGAUGUGAAGUACCACCUGGGGAUGUACCACCGCAGGAUAAACCGCGUGACGGAUCGUGACAUCACGCUGUCGCUCAUGGCAAACCCCUCCCACCUGGAGGCCGUGGACCCUGUGGUGCAGGGCAAGACCAAGGCAGAGCAGUUCUACUGCGGAGACACGGACGGCAAGAGGGUGAUGUCUAUCCUUCUGCACGGCGACGCUGCUUUUGCUGGCCAGGGCAUCGUGUACGAGACGUUCCACCUGAGCGACCUGCCCUCCUACACGACCCACGGCACCAUACAUGUGGUCGUCAACAACCAGAUUGGCUUCACUACAGACCCCCGAAUGGCUCGCUCGUCUCCCUACCCCACGGACGUGGCCCGCGUGGUCAACGCGCCCAUCUUCCACGUGAACGCAGACGACCCCGAGGCAGUGAUGUACGUGUGCAACGUGGCCGCGGAGUGGAGGGCCACAUUUCACAAGGACGUGGUCGUGGAUCUGGUGGGAUACAGACGCAACGGCCACAAUGAAAUGGACGAGCCCAUGUUCACCCAGCCCCUGAUGUACAAGCAGAUCAAGAAGCAGAAACCAGUGCUGCAGAAAUACGCAGAGAGACUGACGUCAGAGGGAGCUGUGACCCAGCAAGAGUACGAGGAAGAGAUUUCCAAGUAUGAUAAGAUCUGCGAGGAGGCGUAUGAGAGAUCCAAGGAUGAGAAGAUCAUGCACAUCAAGCACUGGCUGGACUCACCCUGGCCCGGUUUUUUCACCCUGGACGGCCAGCCCAAGAGCAUGAACUGCCCCCACACGGGGCUGAGCGAGGAUGAGCUGACUCACAUCGGAGAAGUGGCCAGCUCUGUGCCUGUGGAGGACUUCACCAUUCACGGAGGUCUGAAGCGGAUCCUGAAGAGCCGCGGGGACAUGAUAAAGUCCCGCACGGUGGACUGGGCGCUGGGGGAGUAUAUGGCUUUCGGCUCCCUGCUGAAGGAGGGGAUCAACGUGCGGCUCAGUGGGCAGGACGUGGAGAGAGGCACCUUCAGCCAUCGUCACCAUGUGCUGCAUGAUCAGAAUGUGGAUAAGAGGACCUGCAUCCCCAUGAACCACCUUUGGCCCAACCAGGCCCAAUACACUGUGUGCAACAGCUCCCUGUCUGAGUACGGGGUACUGGGGUUCGAGCUGGGCUUCGCCAUGGCCAGUCCCAAUGCGCUGGUUCUGUGGGAAGCUCAGUUUGGGGAUUUCCACAACACAGCCCAGGGAAUCAUCGACCAGUUCAUCUGCCCGGGCCAGGCCAAGUGGGUCCGGCAGAACGGCAUUGUGCUGCUCCUGCCCCACGGCAUGGAGGGAAUGGGGCCCGAACACUCCUCAGCUCGGCCAGAGCGGUUCCUGCAGAUGUGCAAUGAUGACUCGGACAUGUUCCCGAAAAUCACAGGUGAUUUUGCAAUGCGCCAGCUGUACGACUGUAACUGGAUCGUGGUGAAUUGCUCGACCCCAGCCAACUACUUCCAUGUGCUGAGACGACAGAUCCUGCAGCCCUUCAGGAAGCCGCUCAUCAUCUUCACACCCAAGUCUCUGCUUCGUCACCCUGAGGCCAAGUCCAGCUUCGACGACAUGAACUCAGGGACGGACUUCCUGCGGCUGAUCCCGGAUGUCAGCGCAGCGUCUCGGAGCACGGCCGCAGUGAAGAGGCUUGUGUUCUGCACCGGGAAGGUUUACUACGAGCUGAACCGCGAGCGAACGACCCGGGGCAUGGAGGCUGACGUCGCCAUCGCCAGGAUCGAGCAGCUGUCUCCCUUCCCCUUUGAUCUGGUGAAGGCGGAGGUUGAGCGCUUCCCCAAUGCAGAGCUGGUGUGGUGCCAGGAGGAGCACAAGAACCAGGGAUACUACGACUACGUGAAGCCACGCAUCCGGACCACCAUCAACCGCGAGCGACCCGUCUGGUAUGCCGGCCGUGACCCCGCCGCGGCCCCUGCCACUGGUAACAAACACACUCACCUGCAGGAGCUGAAGCGCUUUCUGGACACGACCUUCAAUCUGGAGGCCUUCAAGGGGCUGUCCUAGAGGGGUCCCCCGUCCCCCCACACUGUCCACAUUCAGUCUUCAACAUGGGGGGCCUUCGAGGGGGUCCCCUCCCCCCCCGCACUCUGCAAACUCACCUCCACUACUCCUGUCAGCCUGUCCGUCCGCCCAGAAAAAAUUAAACUGCAAACGAAGUCUAGGGUGUGAUUUUAAGCUCUGGACGCUUCAGUUUUGUCCUCCUCGACAGUGUCUGACUCCUGGAGCCUAAGGGACGCCAGCACUGUAAUCUGUGCAUGCUACUGACAUCUUACAUCCUGUUCCUGAAUCAUUAUUAUUAUUAUUAUUAUUAUUUUUUCUAUUUUUUUUUUUUCAAAAUCAAAAUAUAUAUUACAAGGGAUAGAAUAAAUAAACACACACACGAAACAAACCCAAAGAAAACAUGACAGAUGGAUAAGACUUUCGCAAAUCAAUCAGUCAUUAAAAACCAACCAAUGCAGAAUUAAUAACAAUACAUAAAACAAAAAACAAUUUAAAAACCACUGAAGCAGAAAUCAUGUGAAGUACAGAACGAACAGACCGGCCACUGGGCAGGCAAAGGUGUCUCCUGCUGCCUCUCCUUCCACCUGAAAUGCAUCGUUUCAAUACAGAAAAUAAUGCAUUUACACAUACACACACACACA